ACAGCUGUACUUCAGCUGAGGGCGUGGAAACCACGUGGCCAUGCGAGCGUGGCGCUGCCUUAUAAACACAGUCGCCCAUUGGCCGCAGCGCUUCGGAAAUGGCUCGGCGCGGGUGCGAGCGGCAGGAGCGCGUUCGGAAAAGCUCGGCAAUGUUCGGGCCCGGUCGGAGCGAAUGGGUGAGCGCGUGACGUCUCGCGACGUCAGUUUGUUUGCGGGUGCGCUCGCGAGAGGGCUUCGUUCUCGCGCGUUCCAAACCGUCACGAUCGCUGCGUCGGCCACGGAGGCUGCCUUCGUUUGUCGCCCAUAUUUCUUCGCGAGUGUGAUCGCUUUGGUUUGGAUUAACUAUGAGCAUCCACACGUUGCUGCAAGCUGCUGAAUACAUCGAACGGCGAGAGCGGGAAGCCGAGCAUGGCUAUGCGUCCACCAUGCCGAUUCCUGUCGAUCUCCCGAAGAAGAAGCCGAAGGCGAAGAAGACUCAAGGGAACAGGACCACUCAUAACGAGCUGGAGAAAAACAGACGGGCCCACUUGCGCAACUGCCUUGAGAAGCUCAAGGAAAUGGUGCCGCUGGGACCUGAGGCGAACCGCCACACUACGCUAGGCCUGCUGAACAAGGCCAAAGUCUUCAUCAAGACACUGGAGGAGAAGGAUCGCAAGAGUCAGAUGGUGAAGGAGCAGCUGAUGCGCGAGCAGAGGUUCCUCAAGCGGCGGCUGCACCACCUGGACGGCUGCUCCUCCCCGCCCAGCCACAAGAGGCGCAGCGUGAGCGAGUGCAGCUCCGGAUCAUCGUCGUCGCGCUCGUCCACCUCGGAAACCGAUGAAGUGGACAUCAUGGGCUACAACAGCAACCAAAGUGACACGGACGACCACAGCAGUAUCCAGAGCAUGACCAGCGACGGCGGAAUGGCCAUUUCGACCAAGAGGCUCUGUCUAGUGGAGGAGCACACCGUCUAGGCCUUCGCCGCCCUCUCCUUCAUCAACACCGACGACUCCGGCCCGUUCCCCUUGGCACAAACCGACCCACCCCUGUGUGACCACGUUCUCGCUCUUCGCCUCUCUUUCACACCCGAGCACCAUGCGACAUGGGGGGGGGCUCGCCUCCCCCCCCCCCCCCUACCAGAACUGCCCUCUCCCCUUUUGCCUACCCCUCUCCCAACCUUGCCUACCAGAACGCCGGCCGCAUGAUGUGCACCGUGUGAACUCCAGGACCAGCGGCUGGUGCAGCGCGCUCACCACCCCGUCCCCUUCCCAUGGCAUAGCCCUCGUUCAAAACCACCCUGCUAGAGUUACAGCGAACAGAGAGAUGUGUGUCCAGUAAUAACGCCGGUGCAGCGGUCUGUCCGAAGAGCCACCGCUGCGAAGCAAGCAAUAUACCGUUUCUACUGUUGAAGCCGCGGGCCUCGGUGGACAGCUAGCCACACUUUCGCGCUUCUAUCCACGAUGCCUGUGCGAGAGGAGAGAGAGAAUGCGAGUCGGUGGGGGGUCUCGGUUAAGUUUUUUUUUUUUUUUUUUUUUUUCUGUCCUCUUUUCUCGCGCGCUGUUUUUGCUUGUUUUCGUUUAUUCUGUUGCUGUCCGCCUCCCCGCACACCCCUCCCACUGUGUUGCGUCCUUCCUGGCAAUGCAAUAUGUCAGCUGAGCAUCUCUGGCACAUCCGAAUUACGCCUCCGUGUUGACCCGCAUUUUUUCGAGGGAAGGAAGGAAAGGAAAAGAAAAUCCGUGGUUUCGAGGUGUGCCGAUUUUGAGGGGCGGCAACAUUUUUCUUUCUCUCCCUUUCUGUCGUAAAUACAAACUAUUUAUUUGCAAUAUUUCGUCGUGAAAGGGCAUGCGUAUGCAUGUGCGUGUGUUUGUGUAGACUCACUCGUGCGCGUUUGUCCGAGCGUGUUUGUGUGCAUGUACGUCAAGUGUGUAUUUGUGCGAGUCUGGCGAGGGAGUCACGCUUUCUUGUUUAGUCGAAAGAAACAAAAAAAAAAAAAAUGUUCAUAUACGGACUUCAAAAUGUGAGCACCCCAGUGUUGCGCACUCUAUAUUUUUAUUUAUUAUUUUUGCGAUGUUUUUUUUUUUUUUUUUUUUUUGGAGGGUACGCAGGUCAUGUGUCUUUUGCCUAUUAUUAUAUACACCCUCGUGCGUGUGGCUGAGUAUGUGUGUCCAAAGAGAAACAGGGUGAGAGUUGUUAUAUAUGGUUGUGUGGACGAGGUCGAUCUGGCUUCUGCACGUGGGGCUUGCAGUGGUUUUUAUUUUUCCUGCACCUUCCGUCAGAGGCAUCUAGCGACGAUUUUAUUGUACAUUCUUCCUUGUUUUUAUUCUCGGCCUGGGGUUAGCACAUCUCGCAUAUUUUUUUUUUCCCUCCAUCACCAUCUUCAUCGUAUAUAUAUAUACAAUUUUUUUUUUUCUGUUCUACGCGCAAACACUAGAGGGUGACUUUGGCUGACACCCCGAGAAAGUUCCAGUUGAGCGCAAAAUGCUUCCUGCGAUCCCUGCCUUUUAAGUGCGUAUCGUGCUGUCACAACGAACAUCGGUUGUUGUCUCGUAGUGUGGGCAGCGUACGGCUCGCACCACUCGCUGUCAAAUCCACGCCCGCUGCUGCUCUUACGUUGACCCUCUGAAGUCUCCAUUCGAGCCGCUCUUACGGCCGUUGCAGCCUGGGGCCACGUCCACGCUUACAUUGUUCUGCGGGCACUAAAGGUGUUGCCGAAGAUGUAGCAAAUGAAGGUCAUCGGGCGUCUGGGUACAGCCAGGUGCGGCCUGUGUCGUCCAUUUCCUACAUUUUCGUUCUUGUGGUGGUGCCGUUACACAAUUGAUGCGCAGGCCCGCGGUCGAGGAGCAGUAGUUGGCUUGGAAGUUUCAUUAACGAUGUCUAUCCCCGUGAUUUUUUUUUUCUAUUACAAAAAAAAAAAAAAAAAAACAUCUUUUCGCUUCAUAUUUGGCAGCGGUCGUGGUAGCAAGUCGUUGGGCUCGCUGCGCUUUUUCGGGUGUCAACCGGCGUCGCCGCUCGAGGAGACUUGUGUACCUUGCCGGUGAAAGAGCGUCGUGGUCUCGCUUUCCCGCGGAAACGUCAAGAGAAUGGCGGCAGGUUUGAUCAUUCACAUGCAUUUCUGGAGGCAGGUCUUGCAUCCGUCGCAGUGCGGGAUCGUUAGGGAACAACUGCAUUCUCGCGGGGACGACUCCCGCUCGCCGCCCCGAGCGGCCAUCCGAGAAUCAGUAUUGCGACGCCGAAACUGCGCGUCUGCCACCCAUGUACCUGGGACGCCUGGCGAGCGUCGUCGCCGCGUGCUCCCCAGCAGGCGUGUGUGCACCUUCCCGUUCCGUUGUGCGGUUUUGCACAAUUGGGUUUCGCUGUGCUUUUUUUUUUUUUUUUCAUUUUUUUUUUCUCGCCUGUGGCUGCGCUUCGACGUGAAAUAGCCUCCUCGCAUUUUUUCCCAGUGAUCUUUCUCUUCCGGCGGCUUCGGGUCGCCGCAGGCCGGUGCGAGUCCGCUUUGACUGGAGCGUCCUCCGAGGCAACGCUUUUCCAAUUUAUUUUGCCGCUGCCACCCAGCCGCACAAGAGAGUCUUCUGCGAACAAAGUGUAGCGCCUGUUCUUUGUUAGUUUUUGUUUCUCCGGGUGUUCGUUCUUUAAUCCUUUUUUAUCCUCGCAGUACCGUCACACGGGCGCUUUCACCACCCGUUGUCAUUCAGCGAGUCGAGGCAGACGUUUUGAAAGGCGUUGCCUACCGGAAGGUUAUUUUGCUCGCAAGCGAAGCAGUCUCAUAUUGUUUUUUUUUUUUUUUCGGUUGACAUUUUAAUUGGUCGACGCAGUGUCGAAGGGUGCGUCCCAGUGAACGCUUUUUGCGCGGCGCUCGAGGCAUUCGGCUUCGCGUUUCGGAAAGCUCUUGCCCCCUCCGCCGUUUACAAUCCCGAUGUCGCCGACAGUUUGUCUUGAUGCAGAAGUGCGUGCGAACGUAACCUAUGGGCAUUAUUCGCACCAAAUCGCAUACGCCGCCUCCGAAACGCCCGAACGUCGUCCCGCCCAGCAGGCAUUGUCAAGUGUUGCGCAUCCGUCAUUUCGUGCGACCCCGUGGUUUUGUUUUCGUUUUUAGUUGUGUUGUCCCGGUUGUCAGCCGACAAGUUUCCCGUCCAAAGGAGAAAAAAAGGUCAAAAAAAGAGGAAAAGAGCAAGGAAAGUUAAAAAAAAAAACUUUUUUCGAGUGAAAGAGCAAAGACAAGCCUCUUAUUCCAGUCGACCAUGCGUCGGCAGGUUCUUGGACAGCCGGUUGGGAAGAACGAAAAAAAAAAAAAAAAAAGAAUCUCGGCCUCCCGGCCUUCAGUACAAAGUCCGCCUGCUCUCGCAUAGUGGUUAAUUUCCCUUAUUUGUUGUCCUCUUUGCCACACACGUCCUCGCAGCUAGACGUGCAGCCGUGUCCGAGUGAUUGGAAGGCGGUCUGCCUCGCCGCUUCGUGUAGCCUCGGUUGGCGCACGGCUCGGAGCGACGAUGCCUGAUGUGCGUUCGCCGACGCCUUCUCCACAUUUCUUCCCAUGCCGUUGAGAUACUCCCGAGGAAGCGCUUUAUGAUGGCUGUCGUGUGUGGUGUGGCGAACAGAAACGCAGAUUGGAAACGGAAGCGGUGGUUCGUUUUCCGAUCGCCAUUCAGCAGGUCUCCGCGAUUCCUGCCUGUGCGUGGUUGUGGGAGCGAAGCCCGCCGAGUGCCAAUUGCGAUGCAGUAGGCUCCAGAAUCGUGUUGGACACGUUUACAUUGUUUGUUUGUUUUUCUUGUUUUUCUUCUGUUUGGUGACUGGCCGCAACGUACACCCCGUUGUGAGCGGAUGAGUGAGUAGCUUGCCCGCCGCGUAGCGUGUGUUGUGCUUGCGCGUGGUUUAGCGUGGUCUUGUGCUGUCCAAGCGGGCCCCUUGUAGGAGGCCUUUGCAGGUGUUUUACUGCUGACUUGACGCGAAGGUUUCCUUGAAGGAAUAUGACGAGGCGCGAAGCCCGCUUUGCUCGCGAAAGACCUUCUUUCGAGCAUUUUUCGAGCCUCUUUUUUUUUUUUUUCCUGAGCACCCAAGUUCCUUCUCGUUGUGCUGCUUUUCUGACACGGCGCUAAGCCUAUUGCUGCGUUUGUAUUCUUUUAUCCGCUUGACUUGGGGAAGGUCCUUGUUCUUUCCCCGCGAUUCUUAGGCUUGACGAUUGCUUUGCAUGGUUUUUAUCAAGUGUCUGCUGCCAUGGCUUCUCUGACAUUCAAAUCGAGUAGUAGUCAUUUUCCAAGGAUCUCGAGCACAGUUUUGCGAUGUUCCUGCAACAAAACAAAGUUAUGUACACACACACACACACUCCUUCCCUGUCCACCUCUUCCGUCUCCCCUUCCGCGCGCCCGUAUGCUGUGUGUUUAGAAUCUGACUGUAAUAAUAUGUACAUAAAAUGGUAAUAUAAUAUAUAUAUAUACAUAAUAUAUAUGUAUAUAUAUAUACGUACAUAUAUAUAUAUAUAUUUAUAAUGAAUGUCUAUAGAAGCAACUGUGAGGCAAGUACAAUGAAAGAACGCGAGCGUCUUUUUUUUUUUUUUCUUUUUUUUUUAACCUGCUUUGUGAUGAGCAUCUCUGUGUUUUGGGUGAGCUCUCCCGACCCCACAAUCACGUUGUGCACGGGCGCAUGACGCCCGCCUUGGCCGCGCUUCGGGGGUCCCCCUUCUCUAAAGAGUAGUGCGUCUUUCAGAAUCAACUUUCCUGUACAUACUUCAUGUGUCUAUACGAUGUUAUUCUGUUUCAUUUUUCCUAAAAUAAAACGUUAUUUCACGUA